GGUGGCACUUUUUUUUUUUUUUUUUUGUAACCCGGAAACCGCGGCUGUCGGAUCCCGAGCGGCUCCUGUGUGGCGCCGGAGGGAGCCCGGCUCGCCUCGGGUCGUCGCACCGGCCGCUGCCCUCGGCGCGCCGGGGAGGAUGGUGCCGAGCGGCCCCGGGCCCGCCGCGCGCCGCCGCCAGUGAAGCCAGCGCGGCCGCGGGCGCCUGCAGAGCAGCUGGCCCGCCGGGGCCCGGGGCGCGCCGCUGCCCGCCGGGGCGGGGUGGAGCUGAUCAGAAUAAUGUUCAACAUCCACCCCCUGGAGAACCUGAAGCUGUACAUCAGCAGCCGGCCGCCGCUGGUGGUCUUUAUGAUCAGCGUCAGCGCCAUGGCAAUAGCUUUCCUGACCUUGGGCUAUUUCUUCAAAAUCAAGGAGAUUAAAUCACCAGAAAUGGCAGAGGAUUGGAAUACCUUUCUGCUGCGCUUCAAUGAUUUGGAUUUCUGUGUGUCGGAGAAUGAAACACUGAAGCAUCCCACUAACGACACCACAACUCCAGAAAGCACAAUGACCAGUGGGCAGGCCAGGGUGUCCACCCAGUCCCCUCAGGCCCUGGAGGAUUCGGGCCCAAUAAACAUCUCCGUUGCGAUCACUCUCACCCUGGAUCCACUGAAGCCUUUCGGAGGGUACUCUCGCAACGUCACCCAUCUGUACUCGACCGUUUUGGGGCAUCAGAUUGGACUUUCAGGUAGGGAAGCACAUGAGGAGAUCAAUAUUACGUUCACCCUGCCGGCCGCUUGGAGCGCCGAUGACUGCGCCCUGCAUGGUCACUGCGAGCAGGUGGUGUUCACGGCCUGCAUGACGCUCACCGCCGCCCCCGGAGUGUUCCCUGUUACCGUACAGCCACCGCACUGUGUUCCUGACACGUACAGCAACGCCACACUCUGGUACAAGAUCUUCACGACCGCCAGAGAUGCCAACACUAAAUACGCUCAAGACUACAAUCCUUUCUGGUGUUACAAGGGAGCCAUCGGAAAAGUCUACCAUGCUUUAAAUCCCAAGCUUACAGUUAUGGUUCCAGACGAUGAUCGUUCGUUAAUAAAUUUGCAUCUCAUGCACACCAGUUACUUCCUGUUCGUGAUGGUGAUCACAAUGUUUUGCUAUGCCGUUAUCAAAGGCAGACCAAGCAAAUUGCGUCAGAGCAAUCCUGAAUUUUGUCCUGAGAAGGUGGCUUUGGCUGAAGCCUAAUCCCACAGCUGCCUGUUUCCUGAGAGAGACUGAAAAAGAACCAUCAUCAUUGCCUGCUGAACCCAGCCUGGGCCUGGCCACUCUGUGAAUACAUGAUCUUGCAAUGUUGGGUUACUCCAGCCAAAGACAUUUCAAGUGCCUGUAACUGAUUUGUACAUAUUUAUAAAAACCUACUUGGAAAUUGGUCCAUUGAUGCACGUGCUUUGCACUGGGUACAGCCAGAGCCCUUCCACCUUACUGUGGACCUUGGGGGCUGGGCAGGAUACCUCCACAUAGUGCUAGAGAGGAUGCGGGGGUCUUGCUGCCGGCGGGCAGGUGGUGACCACCAAGGUCUCAGGCGUGUUUCUGGAGGGGCAGGUUCGAGGUUGGCUUUGGUUCAGUAUCAACCCAGUAUAUACAGAAAUGCUUGAGACAGUCUGUACCUUUGAUAUGAUCUUGCAUCUCCAAAGCCACCAAUCCAUUUUGUGGAUUCUCUGUGUAUGUGGCUUUCUCAUAAUAACAGCAGUAAUACCUUUUCUCCAUUUUGCUUGCAAGGAAACAUACCAGUCUCAGUUUGGGGUUACUUUUGGAAGACAUACAAAUAAAAUAGUCACAUUUUAAUAACAUUUUAGUUAGGAAAGAGUUGUGCUUUUAUCCUGAGUAAAAAGUUGAAUAAUUCAAUGCCACCUACAUGCUAAGAAUCUAAGCUUCAUUUUCCACGUGGACAGUGAGAAACCUGGUGUCCAGUUGGCAUGAGAUGUUCUGCUGCCUUUCUGUCCUCCUGUUCCUUCCCGCUGUGAUAAAACUCAAAGCAGCCUUCCCCACUCAAAAGGGGUUAGCAGUUAAGCAAAUAUGAGCUGUUGUUUUCUGACCUAUAAAUGACAGUUUAGUUAGAGUGAAAGAUGAAUUGAUGGAAUAAUCAAGGAGAGGUUUGUUGUUUGUUGUGGCAUUUUCCAAGAGGCAGUGAGGGCUCCCCCGUUUACCAUUGAUUUUUAUGCAAAUAGCAGAUCUUCAGAAGGAAAAUGGCAGCUGGUAGAUCUGUAACAUGAAAAGAAUGCGUAUGAAAUGGGAGAAACUGCAAGUCUGAAUUGCCAUCUAACAGAGAAAACCAAAAAUAUUCUUACAUGAUUAUAAUCAUUUCGUUUCUUUGUCCUGUUUUCCUUCUUCUAAUUCUUUGUUUUUAAAAUUUUCUUCCUUGUCUUACUGUUUUUCUUAAUAACUCUUAGAGCAGGAGGACAGUUAAAAUACUGGAUAGGACUGUCGGCACUUCUUUAAUUCUAGGUCUGUUGCCUGUUCUAAGUUAGAAUUAGUGCCUAAGAUGUGAACCAUAUUGGCCUAGAACAUUUAUCCUAGGUAUUCUUGAAUGGAAAACAGUUGUGGGCUUUGACGAAGAUGUGUAAAAUUGCAUAGUGACUUGAUAUGUUAAUAAUCCUUUUUUUUUUUUUUAGUACAUUUGAAGUGCAGUAAUCAUACUUGUCUAUCCUUUCCUUUUUUUCUUUGUGUGAUACAUAAUGCAUGGCUAACUUGUUCAUUCAGUUUUUCUCCCUUUGGAGACUCUGCGACCCUGAGACCCUUAUGAGACAAGAUUGAAAAAGAGUCCUGAGGCUUGGCCUUUUAGAAAUGUCCCAUUUCAUUAGAAGCAUCAGAUUUUUAGAUUAUGCUGCUAUGAAUGAAUAAAAAUCUCAAUGAAGUGGAAUUACAGGAGUAGAGUUAUAACUGGCAGGAUCAUAAUUAAAGCAAAGAAAGAAGUGGCAAAAA